GUCAACUAGCAAAUUAGUAGGGACGUGUUGAAUGCGGCCAGCUCGUCAGUCAUUGGCCAGCGGGCGGACGGAAAGCACAUAUAGUAAACGCAAACCAAAUCGGACAGACAGAUAAAUUAGGAUUUGGCGAUGAGCAUCGAUAAGGAAGGUGAUAUCUUGCGGCCACUUAGCGACGGUGAAGUGGACGAGCUUCUCGAUCUUUAUAAACUCAAAUAUAGCGUAAAGAACUUUCACUACCUGUUGCUUUAUAAUCAGCGAAAAUGGGAUCGCCAGUUGGAUGAGGCUAAGAUAACGCGCGAUGAUCUGAACUAUAUAUCCCUGAGAAAGCAGUUUUUUACCCAUAGAAGGGGGGACUUUCGGAAGUGGGGCACUUAUGUGGCUCUUCAUCGGGAUAUCGUGCAGAGCGUCUCCUUCUUCAGUUGGCAACCAAACGGGGCUACAGAGAUGUGGGAAUGCCUGGAGCAAACACAGCUAAUCGAAUGGACGCAUGGCGCCCUGCUGACCAAUGUAGAUCUCCGAUUUUGUGAUCAAGUCAAAGAGUUGGCGGUCAAACGCGGUGUCACCUCCAUCCAACCUCGUCAGUGCUUCGGAAUGGUUUUGCUGCAUGAUGAAGCCCGAUGUGUAAAAGUUCCAGAGCUGCUGUCCGAGUUCGACAUCCGCCCACUGCGGGACGAGGACGCGGCCAUGGUGCACGAAACUUGGCCCAACAAGGGUGAGGGCUCACUCGCUUAUCUCCGUGCUCUGAUUCGCUUUAACAAAUCUUUGGGAGUGUGCCGGAGCGACACCGGCGAACUGAUUGCCUGGAUCUUUCAAAACGACUUCUCCGGGCUUGGUAUGCUCAAAGUGCUGCCCAAGGCAGAGCGCAGAGGACUUGGUGGUCUUCUAGCCGCUGUAAUGACCCAAAGAAUUGCCAAAGGCGAGGAUGUUACCAUAUCGGCCUGGAUUGUGUCCACUAACUGGCGGUCGGAGGCACUUCUUAAGCGGAUCGGCUACCACAAGGAGGUGGUAAACGAGUGGAUCAAGCUAGUACCCAAUCCGUCAUAGGCACACUACUCCCCGUUGGACCGGGGACAUUGCGUUGGUUAGUUGGACACACGACAAAUAGGUUAGGUCAAAAAGCACACACGACGAUUUGCAUUUGCUAUGCCUAUGUAUUUACAUGGUCAACAAUUUUAUUCUUUGAUUUAACAUGCGCUCACGCCUUCUGAAUACACUUCACAACUUAAUAAAAUUGAAAAACAAA